CACAGCUAUCACCAUGGCAGGACGCAUCACCCAAUGCGCCCGUCGUCUCGGGAUGCUUCACGCCAAGCUACACCUCGCCUGUCGCCAUGUUAUACCUACCCCUACACCACGUCUCCGAAAAAUCACACGCGCGUCAUAUCAAACAAUUCGUUACUCUUCGCAGUGGACGUCCUCCUUGACAGUAUUUCCCACUACAGAUGCCCUUAUUGAUCCCAGUAUAGAGAUUGAGGAAGAGACUCUCCCCACUUACCAUCCAGAAAAGUACUACCCGGUGCAACAGGGAGAGGUACUCGAUAACAGGUAUCAAGUGCUUGCCAAACUCGGUUACGGAGUGACAUCAACUGUCUGGUUAGGUCGCGACCUUCGUGACUCCAAAUAUGUUGUGCUUAAGAUAUAUGUCAUUGGCCAAGAAAAGAAUCAUGAGCUGGAGAUCUACAAUCGUAUGAAUGCUGUAGAAGUUGAGCACCCAGGGAGAGAUCUCGUUCGCAGGCUCUUCGAUCAUUUCACUGUCACCGGGCCCCACGGCCCUCAUGUUUGUCUCGUUCAUGAGCCUAUGGGCAUGAGUGCAGAUACACUCCUACAGAAAUACAUCCCUGGAAAUACCAUGACUCUGGGCGAGAUGAAGUCUUGUAUCAGGCAGCUAUUGAUCGCUCUGGACUUUCUGCACUCUGCUGCUCGUAUAGUACAUACUGAUCUUCAAUUGAAGAACUUGCUCCUCCCAAUCCCUGAUACUAAGACACUCGAGAAUCUCGAAGAACGAGAAGUCAACGAUCCGUCACCUAGAAAGAUCCUCAAAGACAGGACCAUCUAUCUCUCUACUGUCUAUAACCCCGGGGGAAGUGGCCUACCCCUAAUUAGUGAUUUCGGCGAGGCCCGAUUUGGCGAUGAGAACUGGGACUACAAGGUGGAUAUAUGGAAUGUUGCGAUGGUGGCAUGGGACAUCGUAAGUCCUCGACACAUGUUCGAUGGCAGAAAUGCAGAUGGGAUCUUCGAUGACCGAGUGCAUAUUGCGGAGAUGAUAGCGCUCAUGGGACCUCCUCCGGCUAGUUUCCGCGAGCGAUGCAGAUUAGCUUAUGUAUUAUGGGAUGAACAGGGUAAUUGGAAGGACUUGGCGACGAUUCCGGAAAUUUCUCUGGAAAGUUUAGGCGCCGAUAUCCCAGGGGAGAAUAAAGAAGGGUUCUUCCGAUGGCUUCGGAAGGCCUUACAAUGGAAUGCAGAGGAUCGGCCGACUGCGACCGAAUUUCUGUUUGACGAGUGGUUGAUGGAGGGGCUCAGACGGCCGAAUACUGAAGAUGCGAAGACCUGAAUGCGUCUGCAUCUGCUUGUCGGUGUGAUUGGUAUACAACUAUCCCACCAUACGCUUGGAAAGUGUAAAGG